CGUAUUUAUUCAAUAGAUCCAUACGGCUAUUCAUGAUUGCGUGGAGUGACGUGUGGGAGUUUCUCCCGAAGAUUCGAGUGAAGUUGACGGUGUUCUUGCUCAUCGUGAGCACAUUCCUGCUGUUGGGAUUCCUUGACUUCUUCACAAACCAUGGGCCCAACAAUUGUGAAAUGACUUACAUGUUUGAGAAACCAGAAUAUGUAGAGGUCGCUUUGAACAAGUCUGUCAAGACAUCGUUCCCUCGCUAUUCCCUGUACGUAUACGGCGAAGGACGAUAUGCUCGAGACCUGGAAAUGGGAAAAUUAGAUGGCAUACCUGUAGUUUUUAUUCCGGGAAAUGCUGGGUCUUACCGCCAAGUUCGAUCGCUUGCGUCGGUUUGUCUGCGGAAGCAAUACGAUAAAGGACUGAAGAGUGGUUUCGAUUUCUUCACGAUCGAUUUCGACGAGGAGUUCUCUGCAUUCUACGGAAAACUUCUGUACGAUCAAACGCGGUUUCUUCAACAGGUCGUGAAGUCUGUUCUGGAACUUUACGGUGGACGUCGUGACGGUGUCGUUUUGAUUGGGCAUUCUAUGGGAGGAAUUGUGGCCAGAGCCCUAUUCGGACUGCCUGGUUUCAAUCCGACGAAUGUUCGGGUCAUUUUCACGUUGGCUACACCACACGCAUCUCCGGUGGCUGUGCCCGAUUCUCUGGUGGCUGAAUUCUAUCGUGAGGUGGAGGAAGUAUGGCGUGAAGGCUGCCGAAGCGGGGAUUUUUCGCACGUGACGGUUGUCUCCAUUACUGGUGGUUUCCGGGACGUUCAAGUAUGGUCUGGUCUUGGGAAGCCGCGAGGAAUUCCUGAUGAUUCUUUUAUAUCUACUGUGUCAACGUCAAUUCCGGAUGUUUGGGUUGGCACCGACCACUUGUGCAUUGUUUGGUGUAAACAAUUGGUUUUGGCUUUAUCUCGGGCUAUUUUCGACAUUGCUGACUUCGGAUUCAAAAGAAUCUCGACCGACCCGUCUUUGACCAGGCAAAUAUUGAACUACCAUUUGAAAAAGAGAUCUGGAGGCAAGAAAUUUUGGUCAACAUCGCACCCACCUGAAAUAACGAUGGAUAAAGAAGCGUAUUGGUGGGAAUUGAUCAAAAAGAGAUGGAGCUUCACGUGGGAAGAUUUUCCGAAGAAAACGUACGUCGCAGUGCCGCUAUAUGAUGAAAAAGACUAUGAAACUCUCACAGUUUUGGUGUCAAAUCACAAAGAGAAAGAUUGGCUUUUCGCCUGCAAAAUGUUGGCCACGCAGAACUCUUUGAAAUCUUGUUCAAAUGGAAUCAAUCUAUCUCGUUUUGGACGGAUAGUUCAAGGUACGCUGAAACGAAAGACAGUUGACCUGAAUUUGAAGCACUUACGAGUGCAAAAUUUUACGCACGCUGUCGUCCUCCAUCCAGGUCCUCAGUAUCAUGUCACUGUUUUUGGAGAUGUAUAUGAAAAGAAAUCGAGAGUCCUGGAAUUUUGGCCGAAUUACUGGACAUCUUACCUAACGCCAGCUGUGGUCAUCUCUAGAACCGAACCCGGUGCUCUGAAAUACAAAGUGAUAUUCAAGUCCGGAUUCCAAAACAUGUGUAAAGCGUAUCACUUGAUUGUUGAUACGCUGACAUGUAAAGGGACGGACUCGUCUGCGGCAGCUCAUGGCUGGGUUGAAUUUGGGGUUCCAGCAAAUGCAGACCACGUUGUUGAAGCUUUGAGAUCUGAAGUUGGAUCUGAGCAGCGUGUCAGAUUGAAACUGCAGAGUGCGUACAACUUCUCGACCGGCUUGCCUGCGUACAUUGCUGUGAUUUUGCUGACGGGAUUCAUUGGCCAAGUGGAAGCUUUAGCGAAGGAAGGGAAAUGUCCCUCCUUCCAUUCAGCGUGCUGCUCAUUAAAAGGCUUGUUGUUCAUUGUGCUUCCGUUCAGGAUUAUAUCAUACUUGUUGAUGACUCCUGGUGUACUGGACUGGGUCCCAGAAACCGACGUCUCAAUUUUGGAAAGGGAAAAUUUGGAUCACAUGCUGCUCCCUUUGUUGCUGUACUGUGCUGCUUUCCCGCUUGUUUAUAUUUUGAGUACCUGCUCGUGGCUUGUUGUUAUGGCUUGUGGGAGUGCAUUGCACCAAUUGACAUUGAGGGUAUUCACAAAGCUUGUUCGCGUGAAGGAACCCAUCUCUGAGUUGGCAGUCGAUGGACUAACGAGAUUUCCAGCAAUUGCCGUGAUUUUACUCUUGGCUAUAGGUCAUGCAACUUCCGGGGGUUUUGCUUUGGUGCUUGGUCUCGUCUACUACUAUAUAAAGGUGUUCAAGUUCUAUGAGGAGUUUGUUGAAUCAUUAGUUGCGAAAGGAGUCGGAGCAGCUGUGAGGACUGUGCGUGAAAGACUGGCGAGAAGUAAUAAUAGAGGUGGUGAUUCGCGGCGUGAAGACGCGGAGGAAGUGAAUAAUUCUCAAGCUGAUAACCGACGAUCAAGUAUCUCCGUAGGUUCGUCGCAAGAGCCAAACGAAGGAGUUAUUUCUCGCCGGCGAUGGACGAUCACAUCGGCUAGUCGAACAACUCCGGAACGAGAAGAAGGCGUAGGUGAUGGAGGAAAUACUGUGCAGAAUGAACUAGACAUCGCAGAAGAUAACAAUCCUGAAAUCGUGAACGAGGAGGAAGAAAAUCUGGCAGAUCUGAUCAACAUCAGAGCGCGGUUCCACUUCGGUGUCUUGAUGUUAUGGUUGUGGGCUGUGGCUGUAAAUGUGUCGUCCGUACUGUCUUGGGCAACCAGACUCCGGUACUCCGUUCGAUUGGAUCCAGAUCCCAGUGCCAUGACGGGAUUUUUGAUUUUGCUCACAGCUGUUAUCGUCUGGCAGCCAAAUGUUCCUCACCUGAAUCGAUCCAAUUUCUUCAUAUCGCCGAAAUGCUUACGGAUUUUGGGCAUUGCGAUGUUGCUUUAUGCGUCUGUGUCAACGUAUCGAUUGGGACCUUUGUUGGCGUUGUGUUUCAUUUGGCUCGCAAUGCACGAACGUUGGUCCAAGCCGAGCCAAUGAGACUGAGGAUUUUUCAAGGUGACAUGCUUUAUGCAAGUGAUUCAGCGCAGGUGAACGGUGGCAGUGAUUCAAGAAACGUCUUGUCUUUGAUCCACGCUAGUGCCAAAAAGUAUUGAGAAUGUGGUGUUGGAUCGAGGUUGUGGUUUUGACGAGUCCCGAGGUCUCGAGACUAUCACGCGGCGAUGGUUAUGACAGCCAGUCAAUUUUGGCGAAAGGCGUCCCAGUUAUUUUAUUUUUUUCGAAACACCGCGUCUUUUUUGCGUACGAAUUAACGAAAGUUCCCAGUUGUUGCGCACGCUAAUGUCACGUACGUCACCAGAUGACCUAAUUGUUUCUUACGAUUAUCGUUGAAACCGUUUGUGUUCCCUGACUUGCCCUUUGUUGAAUCUGUUUUACCUUACAUCGUACGUCGGGUUAUGGGUCAGCUUUUUUUCUGUUUAAUCGUGAUACGCGAAAUGAAAAAAAAAAAGCCUCGUGGGCGUGGGAAUUUUUUUUUCAUGAAAUUUUAAUGCGGUUGUGAGGAAUAAAAUGCAACGCGUUUUCGUCAAUCACGAAUCGAAA